AGAUACUACGAUGGCGUUUAACGUGAUCAGCUUUCUUCCAUUGGCCGUCCUUUUUGUCAUUAUAUUUAAUAUCAAUGUCCAUUCGGCUUCCGCCGGAUUGAAAGAAUCAAGUGGCCCUCAAAGUUCCGACAAUUCCAUUAAAGCCGAAUUUUGCGAUACAAACUGUACAAUGAAGACGGAUGGAACGUGGACCGAUUGCAGUGGCGGCUGCUUUUGUGUACAUGUUGGAAACGAAAGGGAAGGUCGCUGCAUGAGGUGGGAUGGUGACUAUGACUACCCGUCAACAGAACCAGAAGAAUGAACCUGAACGGCUUUGCCGCUGACCGAAAUCGCACCAUGCUCCCAAAAAGAAAAACAAGGGAGCCUUGAACCUGCAUACGUUAUACUAUUAUGAUGUUGUAUACCUAUAAUUACGAAUGAAAAAGUAAA